AUGGCUAUCCACUUCGAGUCAGGUUUCUACGAUCCCUCGCUCUGGUCAUCGCGCGCCAACGAUCCUCGACUUUCUAGAUCACAGAUUCCCGCCUUAAGAUCCGCCCCUCGGGAAAGAAUUGGCCCGCGACGGUUAGGAGCGAUCGAUUGGAAGCGAGAUUACCGGCAGAUCGAAGACACAGUCCGACAUUGGUUUGCCGUUAUUGGCCGACAGCUAGCCGAUCCUAGUAUUCUCCUGGAAAAUGUAUAUAAUAUGAACGAGACGGGAGUUCUGCUCAGCGUUCUUAAAUCCCUCAAAGUCCUUGUCCACAGAGACGAUUUGAGAAAGUAUCGAGGGACCACGGUGAAGCGGACGCUAGUUAUAUUCGUGGACUACUCACGCUACUCCCGGAUGCCGUGCGAUAUAAGCGUCUUCGGUCCGCUGAAAACGGUAUAUCGGGCUAGUAUAAAUACUACCGGUAAGCCACACUUCACCUAUCUUCAUAACCGCGCCCGAAAUGAGUACGCUUUGCUUCGUAGCGAAGUAGAGAAAGAUAACCAGAAUCUAGAUAGUGUAUAUAAGAGUCGCCUAGAGACACUUAGGCGCGUCGCGGAAAGGUUCUUUCCGUAG